CGAAGGCGUCUUGUCGGCAGUUGCGAAGCGGACGCUGACGGAAGAACCACUCUUACAGGAUGGAUCCCUCAGGCAAAGUGGCGCUCAUCACGGGAGCGGCUGGCGGGCUGGGAAGGGCCUUCUCAAGGGCGCUGCUCGCCGCUGGAGCCAAGGUGGUGCUGUCGGAUGUUGAUGAGGCGGCUGGCAAAAAGGCAGUGGACGAGCUGGAAAAAGAAUUUGGGAAGGGGAACGCCAUCUUUGUCAAAGCCGAUGUCACCAACUCUGCUUCCCUGGAAGAGGUGUUUAAGGCAGCCAAGUCGACAUUCAAGCGCCUCGACAUUGUCGUCAGCAAUGCAGGGAUCAUGAGAGACUCCUUGUGGGAAAAGCAAAUCGACAUCAACAUUAAGGGUGUUGUGCACACGAUGUUGCUGGCUUACAAGCACAUGGGCAAGCACGAAGGUGGAAGCGGUGGUGUUGUGGUCAACCUGUCCUCUGUAGCAGGCCUGGAGCCAGUAUCUGUGCUUCCCAUCUAUGCGGGCACAAAGCAUGCAGUGGCUGCUAUGACCCGUUCCUAUGGGGAUAAACUGCACCUGGACAAGACUGGAGUGUCUGUAAUGGCACUGUGCCCCGGGGCCUCAGACACUCCUCUGGUGCACGAUGCCCAUCAGUUUGUGCUUCACGACUACCUCACGGAACCCCUUGUCCAUGCUCUCAACAUGUUCCCCAUCAACAAGCCAGAGUUCAUCGCUGAGGGAUUAAUACGAGUCAUUCGUGAAGGUGAAUCUGGAUCCGUGUGGGUAGCAACCCUUCAAAUGAUCAAGCCAGUGAUCUACCCAAGGCUGUUGCAGCUUUCUACAUAAGAAUGUCUGAAAACAAGAACUAUGUAAUACACAUUCUAUGGAAACAAAAAACAUUGCUGUAAACUUCAUGUUUACUUCAUUAUGCUGUAACUGAGUACAAAAAUUCCACACUUAGAAGGAAACAGGCUACUCAAAUAAAUAUUAUCUAAAUGAUUAAUGGAAAAUCUCAUAUAAAGAUGUGAAACAAAUACUUUGUUAGUAUUUGUUUCAAAUAAAUAUUAUAUCACACACAAACACAAAUGCCUGGGACUACAGAAUUAUGGAUAUGUAGGGACAAUUCUAAAUCUGUGCCAGACCAGGCCUCAAACCAGGUUUCCUGCUCACUGCAAGCAUUAACCUUAACCACAAAGGUUGCAAAGCACAACACUAGGCCUCAUUUAAACUUUCAUUUUCACUGUUCCUACCUAUGAUUUCUGAACACUAGUGCUCAAGAUCCUCUCCAUCAUUCUUAAAAUUCCUAUUUUGCAUCUGAAAAAGCUUCAAACACAGCAGUCUAUUACUGCACAAUAUUUAUUAACAUGGAGUAAAAGAUAGAAAAAUAAACUUGGUAUGUUUGUGACAGAUAGUGCUGAGGGCUGUCAUUAAACAACAUGACACACUUAGCUCCUUUCAGACAUUUUCACUGUAUGUGUAUCACCCAUAAAAUCAUCAAAUUUUUGUGUUUUUAGUGAUGUUAAGCUUGGUGGCAUGUUUGAAACUUAGUUGGGAGGACAGGAAGGAGGAGGGCUAGCCGCUAGCACAACAGUUGCUAAGAUGGACUGGAGUUGGAUUCACUAUGAGGGUCCUAUAUCCUCACACACUGUCCUCGGUAUUUUCUUUUAGCCAUUAAGAUUUUGCUUGUUUCUUUUUUCAGCUGUCUGUUAUGCUAUUACACUAGUGAUUGUUACCAUGUGAAAAUGUGACAAAUAUUAAUUGGCUGAUACAAGAAUAAAUCAAAUUCUUUAAGUUACUCAUUGACAACUACAAGCAGUAAGAAAGUAUUUUUUGAACUGACUAUAGAAGUCAUCAUUGUAUGAUAGUAAAAGAUUUUAAUAGGCUGUCAAUCAGAGAUGUUGUUGUCUGCAUAGGCAAAGUGAUAUUAUUAUGUUUGGAAUAUUAUCUAGUUUGUUGUGAAAGCAAUUUAAGCAUUAGUGUCAAAUGUCCUUAGCAACUCAAAAUUAGAUUUGAAGUACACAUUUGAAUCUAGUGGCGUACAACAUUAUGCAAUCUUGUGUCAACUUUCUUUAGUAUUUAUCACAGUAUAUGUGUUUGAUACUAUAAAUACAAAUUUUAUUGCCUCAUUUUUGUUUUCGUCCAUUAGAAACCAUACCUUCCACAUUAUUCUCCAGUCCUGAAUGAACAUUCUGUCAUGAGCAUUUCACGCAGAGUAAUUUACGGGCAAUAUUUGACUGAAUAGAACACAUUCAUUCCCCAGGCUUUAAUGACUGUAAUACAACUUCUGCUAUAAGGCAAAUACAAACCAUUCAUAGUUACACCCUAAAAAUGAAAAACUGCUUUAACAAAUGAGGUGUAAACUAUAAAUUCCUGUAAUUGUUCAUAUUAUAGAUAUGUUUGCAUGGCAGACUGCUACACAUUAGAACAAAGUUAAAUUAACUGCUCAUGGAGAUUAAUGAACCAUACUGUGCUGAGUGGUUGAGUAGGGAGAUUUUAGUCAUUUAGUUAUUUGGAAACACAGCUAUCUUGCAUUGUUAGCGUCCAUCGCUUUAGCUAAUGUUUUGUAGUAAAAAUUUGCUGUGUUAUUAAUUGUUACUGAAUUAAUAAAGCUUGAAGUAUU